GGCCUCGGCGGCGGCGGCGGCGGCGGGCGCGGCAACGUCCCCCGGAAGUGGAGCCCGGGACUUCCACUCGUGCGUGAGGCGAGCGGAGCCGGAGACGAGACCAGAGGCCGAACUCGGGAUCUGACAAGAUGGCCGGGCUGCCCCGCAGGAUUAUCAAGGAAACCCAGCGUUUGCUGGCAGAACCAGUUCCCGGCAUUAAAGCAGAACCAGAUGAGAGCAACGCCCGUUAUUUUCAUGUGGUCAUUGCUGGCCCCCAGGAUUCCCCCUUUGAGGGAGGGACUUUUAAACUUGAACUAUUCCUUCCAGAAGAAUACCCAAUGGCAGCCCCUAAAGUACGUUUCAUGACCAAAAUUUAUCAUCCUAAUGUAGACAAGUUGGGAAGAAUAUGUUUAGAUAUUUUGAAAGAUAAGUGGUCCCCAGCACUGCAGAUCCGCACAGUUCUGCUAUCGAUCCAGGCUUUGUUAAGUGCUCCCAAUCCAGAUGAUCCAUUAGCAAAUGAUGUAGCGGAGCAGUGGAAGACCAAUGAAGCCCAAGCCAUAGAAACAGCUAGAGCAUGGACUAGGCUAUAUGCCAUGAAUAAUAUUUAAAUCGAUCUGAUCAUCAAGUGUGCAUCACUUCUCCUGUUCUGCCAAGACUUCUUCCUUUUUUGUUUGCAUUUAAUGGACACAGUCUUAGAAACAUUACAGAAUAAAAAAAAAGCCCAGACAUCUUCAGUCCUUUGGUGAUUAAAUGCACAUUAGCAAAUCUGUCUUGUCCUGAUUCACUGUUGUAAAGCAUGAGCAGAGGCUAGAAGUAUCAUCUGGAUUGUUGUGAAACGUUUAAAAGCAGUGGCCCUUCUCUGCUUUUAUUCAUUUCCCCCAUCAUGGUUUAAGUAUAAAGCACUGUGAAUGAAGGUAGUUGUCAGGGUUAGCUGCAGGGGUGUGGGUGUUUUUCUUUAUUUUAUUAUUUUUUUGAGGGGGGAGGUAGUUUUAUUUUAAUUUUAAAUGGGCUCCUUUUCCCUCUUUUAUGGUGAUCUAAUUGCAUUGGUUGAAAGCAGCUAACCUCAGUUCUUUAGAAUAUACUCUCUAGCCAAGUCUAACUUUAUUUAGACGCCGUAGAUGGACAAGCUUGAUUGUUUGAACCAAAAUGGGAACAUUAAACAAACAUCACAGCCCUCACUAAUAACAUUGUGACUUUGCUGUCAAGUGUAGAAUCCUCCUUUCAGGAAAAAGCUUGUGACCAUUUUGUAUGGCUUGUCUGGAAACUUCUGUAAAUCUUAUGUUUUAGUAAAAUAUUUUUUGUUAUUCUA